CAUGGGCAUGGGAUCGAGGCAGAACGUUUCUAAACGUUUGGCGGCCAUCUCUGAGGUUUUCAAGGAGUUGGUAAUUUUUGCAAUCCGGUUGCAUCUGGUAACUUCAGCUUGUAACCAUGAAACUUGUUAGGUUUUUGAUGAAACUAAGCCAUGAAACGGUGACAAUCGAACUAAAAAAUGGAACAGUUGUUCAUGGAACUAUCACAGGUGUGGAUAUGAGUAUGAACACACACUUGAAGGCUGUGAAAAUGACUAUAAAGCACAAGGAACCAGUACAGUUAGAGUCACUGAGCAUCAGGGGCAAUAAUAUUCGCUACUUCAUUCUCCCAGAAAGCUUACCAUUAGACACACUUUUAGUUGAUGAUGCUCCCAAAGCUAAGGCUAAAAAGAAGGAAGCAGCUGCCAGAGGAAGAGGUCGUGCCACUAGUGGGAGAGGCAGAGGGCGUGGCAGAGGCAGGGGUAGAGGAAGAAGGUGAUCUUACAUUUAGAUCACAAAGCUAAAACAUUAACAUCUAAAACUGGAGGAUCCCU